CCCCUCGCUUAUAAUGCAGAGCAUGUGAAGGGAGACCGGCUCAGUCUCUCUCUCUCCCAGUGGACUAGAAGGAGCAGAGUGUUAUGCUGUUUCUCCCAUUCUUUACAGCUCACCGGAUGUAAAAGAACUCUGGCUAGAGACCCUCCAAAGACAGAGCCACAGCCACACGGGAGUGAAAUCCACCCCUGGACAGUCAGCCGCAAUACUGAUGAAGCUGAGAAGCAGCCACAAUGCUUCAAAAACACUAAACGCCAAUAAUAUGGAGACACUAAUCGAAUGUCAAUCAGAGGGUGAUAUCAAGGAACAUCCCCUGUUGGCAUCAUGUGAGAGUGAAGACAGUAUUUGCCAGCUCAUUGAAGUUAAGAAGAGAAAGAAGGUGCUGUCCUGGCCCUUUCUCAUGAGAAGGCUCUCCCCUGCAUCAGAUUUUUCUGGGGCUUUGGAGACAGACUUGAAAGCAUCGCUAUUUGAUCAGCCCUUGUCAAUUAUCUGCGGUGACAGUGACACACUCCCCAGACCCAUCCAGGACAUUCUCACUAUUCUAUGCCUUAAAGGCCCUUCAACGGAAGGGAUAUUCAGGAGAGCAGCCAACGAGAAAGCCCGUAAGGAGCUGAAGGAGGAGCUCAACUCUGGGGAUGCGGUGGAUCUGGAAAGGCUCCCCGUGCACCUCCUCGCUGUGGUCUUUAAGGACUUCCUCAGAAGUAUCCCCCGGAAGCUACUUUCAAGCGACCUCUUUGAGGAGUGGAUGGGUGCUCUGGAGAUGCAGGACGAGGAGGACAGAAUCGAGGCCCUGAAACAGGUUGCAGAUAAGCUCCCCCGGCCCAACCUCCUGCUACUCAAGCACUUGGUCUAUGUGCUGCACCUCAUCAGCAAGAACUCUGAGGUGAACAGGAUGGACUCCAGCAAUCUGGCCAUCUGCAUUGGACCCAACAUGCUCACCCUGGAGAAUGACCAGAGCCUGUCAUUUGAAGCCCAGAAGGACCUGAACAACAAGGUGAAGACACUGGUGGAAUUCCUCAUUGAUAACUGCUUUGAAAUAUUUGGGGAGAACAUUCCAGUGCAUUCCAGUAUCACUUCUGAUGACUCCCUGGAGCACACUGACAGUUCAGAUGUGUCGACCCUGCAGAAUGACUCAGCCUACGACAGCAACGACCCUGAUGUGGAAUCCAACAGCAGCAGUGGCAUCAGCUCUCCCAGCAGGCAGCCCCAGGUGCCCAUGGCCACAGCUGCUGGCUUGGAUAGCGCGGGCCCACAGGAUGCCCGAGAGGUCAGCCCAGAGCCCAUUGUGAGCACCGUGGCCAGGCUGAAAAGCUCCCUCGCACAGCCCGAUAGGAGGUACUCAGAGCCCAGCAUGCCGUCCUCCCAGGAGUGCCUCGAGAGCCGGGUGACAAACCAAACACUAACAAAGAGUGAAGGGGACUUCCCCGUGCCCCGGGUAGGCUCUCGUUUGGAAAGUGAGGAGGCUGAAGACCCAUUUCCAGAGGAGGUCUUCCCUGCAGUGCAAGGCAAAACCAAGAGGCCGGUGGACCUGAAGAUCAAGAACUUGGCCCCGGGUUCGGUGAUCCCGCGGGCACUGGUUCUCAAAGCCUUCUCCAGCAGCUCGCUGGACGCGUCCUCUGACAGCUCGCCCGUGGCUUCUCCUUCCAGUCCCAAAAGAAAUUUCUUCAGCAGACAUCAGUCUUUCACCACAAAGACGGAGAAAGGCAAGCCCAGCCGAGAAAUUAAAAAGCACUCCAUGUCUUUCUCCUUUGCCCCUCACAAAAAACUGCUGACCAAAAACCUCAGCGCGGGCUCUGGGAAAUCGCAAGACUUUACCAGGGACCACGUCCCGAGGGGUGUCAGAAAGGAAAGCCAGCUUGCCGGCCGAAUCGUGCAGGAAAAUGAGUGUGAAACCCACAACCAAACAGCCCGCGGCUUCUGUCUGAGACCCCACGCCCUCUCGGUGGAUGAUGUGUUCCAGGGAGCUGACUGGGAGAGGCCUGGAAGCCCACCCUCUUAUGAAGAGGCCAUGCAGGGCCCGGCAGCCAGACUAGUGGCCUACGAGAGCCAGACCUUGGGGAGCAUGACGGUGGGGAGCAUGAGGGCGAGGAUGCUGGAGGCGGACUGCCUCCUACCCCCUCUUCCACCUGCUCACCACGUAGAGGACUCAAGACACAGGGGCAGCAAAGAGCCACUCCCUGGCCACGGACUCUCUCCCCUGCCUGAGCGAUGGAAACAGAGCAGAACUGUCCAUGCUUCUGGGGACUCUCUGGGGCACGUGUCUGGCCCAGGGAGACCUGAGCUCCUCCCGCUGAGGACCGUCUCCGAGUCCAUGCAGAGGAAUAAGCGGGACUGUCUCGUGCGACGAUGUAGCCAGCCGGUCUUUGAGGCUGACCAAUUCCAAUAUGCCAAAGAAUCGUAUAUUUAGGAGGGAGGCCAUACGCCAUGCCAUAGCUUGUGCUAUCUGUAAAUAUGAGACUUGUAAAGAACUAGAUUGUUUUUAAAAGGUCUUGAAUAAGCUCCUUUAGAAAGUUGUGGAAAGCCCUCCUCAGUGAGGAUAGCUACACCAUGGCCAUGGCGCAUCAGAUAGUCUCUGUGUACCUGGAUUUGUGCAAUAUGUAAAAAUGUAUCAAAUGUAUUAUAGAUAAGGUGUUAGGUGCAAAGGAUGUCUAAUAAUCCCUGCACACGUUUUGAACUUGCAGUGAAGUACACUGCUGUUCCUUGCUUCCUGGGGCACUUUUCUCUUGGUUAGUGUUUAAAAAUUAUCUUCGCUUUUUUAAUGUGGCCUCAAAUGUCAUGCCAAUUUUCACAUCUUCCACAAACUCCAUUUAGGGAGAAAUAUUUAAAUCUCUGGUAUAAGUUUACUCCAUACCAGAGUAAACUAUAUAUUACUCUAUAUAAGCAGCCUUGCAAUAACUAAUCACCACCAUAGAAGAAAGAAACAGACUGCAAGGAACAGAGUUGAGUGUCUGGAGUCAUCAAAGGCAUUAAAAACUCAGUAAAAGCUGAGGCAAUAGCAAAAAUCAUGAAAAACACUUCAACAUGUCCUUUCAAUCAUCCAAUUAAAUUUGGGUAGAUUAAUGAAAAUGUAUUACAUCAAUAUUAACUCAUCUAUAGCACUUUGAGUUUCUUUGUAGUUCAUGAUAUCCUAUCCUAUAAUGUGGAGGUAAAUGAUUUUAUAUGCAUUGGGGGUCAUAUAUAAAACUUCAAUGUAAUUUCACUACAAUAAAUUGCCUUCCUUAUUUGAAAGUAAAAAUGUUCUUUUUUUAUUGACAUGUUAACUCCUUUCCCUCAAUUAAUAGAAAUCCACUAAGAAAACCAUUCACAUAUUGGUUCACUCAAUAAGCAUUUAUUAAAUAUAUAUUCACUAUUCUAGACUAAUAGCAAGACCGGGGAUCUUGUUUAGGAAGAAGCAGUCCCUGUUCUCCAGAAUUUGCAAAACCAUUAAAAAAGCACCUACUUUAAGCCAUUUUUUUUCAGCAAGCAGUCAUUCUGCCAGAAAAAAUGUAGUACACAAAUACAGGAUAAUAUAACAAAUGUAAAAUUUCUCAUUUCUAGUGAAUUAAACUUUCCAGUAAUUUUACAUCUCACCUCAUUCUUAUGAUGCUCAGUUUGCUUAAUUAUUGGCAAACAGAACGGUAAAAUGUUUGUACUGUAUUAGAGCUUUACUGCUCAAUUAUUAAGAUAUUUAUCCAGUAUCUUACAGAUGCUGGACUUCAAUUUUCCUUAUUUUAUCUUUUUAAAAUAAAAUAUCAUGCAUGCUUCUGA